AACCCUGUGGAAUUAGUGGAGGCGAGGUCACUUGGUUCAGAUGAAUUUUAUUCGUAACAUUCACGACGACUGUAUGGCUAACUGGGUCAAUGCCAGCAAUCAACUUAGGAGCACGCUUAGACAGCUUUCUAGUACCUUGGUUUUCAGCACAGAACAUGGUCCUCCAGGUUUCUUGUUUGAGAAAGUGAUGAGCCGUGCAAGAGACUCUAGAGUGGUGCUAUUUGGGGAACAGCAUGAGGAACCUUCUAUCCUUAAAGCCCAACUAUGUGUCCUUGAGAGAAUGGUCACUGAACAAGAACAAAACAGCACACAUCCCUCUAGCGUGACCCUCAUCCUAGAAAUGUUCAAUGUCCAGCAACAACCUUUGCUAGAUGCCUAUCAGGAGGACCAGAUCACAUUACAGGACCUGGAAAACCAGUACAGAGGAACAGAGGGAUUUCAAAUCACUGGCCAUUAUGGAUUCCUUUUAGAAGCAGCUAAGAAUCUACAGGUUAAAAUAGUUGCAGGCUUUGCACCCAAGUCUCUUUGUUACCUGAUGAUCAAAGAGGGCAAGGAAUCAAUGCUUGAGAAAGCUAAAGAGCUUGUUGGGUUUGAAGAGGAUUUUUAUGUGGAUGGCUCAGAGGAACACUACGAAUACUUCCAAGGACUUAUAAGUGGUAAUCAAGAGACAGUGACAGAUAGAUAUCGCAAGAUAUUUCCUGCCCAGAUUUUAAAGGAUAGUAUGUUUGCUUCCACAGUUCUUAGAACACUCAGCAUAUCUGACCAGAUAAAAGUUCUUGGAAUAUGUGGUUCUGGUCAUGUUGACUACAAGUUUGGUAUUCCUGAAAGGAUUGGCUCUGUUCCGACAAUGGUCAUUACCUCACGGCUUCAUGACGAUCCACAUGAACCUAACGCAGCAGAUUUUAUUUAUUUGUAUAAAAGUCAGAAUUUAUGAAUGCCACGUAAUACAAAUUUCUAAUGGUGUUAUACUUUCAACACUGACAACAACAAUUUGUGACCUGCUUAUCCUAUAUAAAUUAUUUUUACAAUAUAGUUUGCAUAGAGCUCCUAUAUUUACAGUUUGUUAUAAUGGAAUAAUUUAUAAAAAUAACACAGUUUUGUUUUUCUUCAAACAGCUGUUAAUAAAUUACAUGCUAAAUUGUCUUGGAUCUACAUAAAAGCAGACAAUAUAGGGUGAACUUUAGGAACCACUAACCAGAAAUCUACAAGGUUAGAGGAUGUUAAGAAAUCCUUUGAUGGACUGUGUUUAAAUCAUGACCCAACCCCAAAUCCACAAGUGAACACAGAAAAGGGUCUCUUGUUGGAAGAAGGAAGGACAGAAGCUGUUGUUGCUUACUUGAUUUGUUGUUUGCAUUGUUCCAUUAGCUUGUAGGAGACCUGUCCUUGUGUAGACCUCCCUAUGUCAGCGUAAUGUUUAGACCUCCCUUUGUCAGCUUGUCAGCGUAAUAUGUAGACCUCACUUUGUCAGCUUGUCAGCGUAAUAUGUAGACCUCCCUUUGUCAGCUUGUCAGCGUAAUAUUAUGUAGACCUCACUUCUCACUUUGUCAGCUUGUCAGCGUAAUAUGUAGGCCUCCCUUUGUCAGCGUAAUAUGUAGACCUCCCUUUGUCAGCGUAAUAUGUAGACCUCCCUUUGUCAGCGUAAUAUGUAGACCUCACUUUGUCAGCUUGUCGGCGUAAUAUUAUGUAGACCUCACUUUGUCAGCGUAAUAUGUAGACCUCACUUUGUCAGCUUGUCAGCGUAAUGUGUAGACCUCACUUUGUCAGCUUGUCACUGUAACCUCACUGUUCCUUUUGUCAGCUUGAAUCUUCAUCAUCUGUAUCAGCAGCAAGAACUGAGCCUGGUGGCUGAGGCUAAAGAAUGUAAAUUUGUCACUAAGGAUAGUCAGUUUUAUUAAAAUCACAGCUACAAUGUUA